GUAAAAGUCAGUCAAUUUUUCUUAAAAAAAUAUGCUUUGGGGUUUAACUCCAGCUUUAGAUCUUGCGGGAGAACUAAAUAGACACGUUCAUCUAAAUGAUGAGGUAAAUAUUUUACUGGUUGGCAGUUCAGAUUGCCGUCACAUUUUAAAAACGUUAGCGAAGCGUUACACAAGAAAACACAUAAAAUUAAAUUUUUUUAUAAUGGAGUCUUGUCAAGAAGCGGUUGCGAAACAAAUCCUUUUACUUUAUCUUGCCUUACGACCGGAAGAAGAACUCGGAAUCGUCCAAAAAACCAGGUAUUUUAUGGAACUGUACGGAAACAGUAUGAUUAGACCAGCAGUUGCAAAUUACCUAUCAUCAAGAUCGUCGGAUUUUGUUGAAAUGAUCACAAAUUAUGAGUAUAUGAACGAAAUAAUGCCGUUUUUAAAACUGGAUAUUAAAUACAAAGAUAGAGAUUAUAUCGAAAAUGUUUUUAAAUUUUGGGGUGGGAUCGAUCCAUUCGAUAUUUGCGAUUGUUGGGAUAAAAGAGUAAGAAAAACUUUAGGGGUUAGAUAUGAUAACAAAAAAGGCGCGUUCGAUUGGGAUCUUCAAAUGAGAUUCCAUGCCAUCGGAGGAAAUAUUGUUGGAGGCCAGGAAUAUCAAUAUUUUCGAAGUACUGGUGUCGCUUUCUCUUGGUUAGAAUCGGAAGUUUCGAAACCAAAUCGAUCAAUGGUUACUGGGGUCAUUCCGAAUGGUGAAAAAUUUCUCCAUUACGGAUAUUUAGGUGAUAUUAUUACCGGGCCGUUUGUUACGUACGGUUUGGAAUGUUCAGAUCCAACAUUUUUAACGAAAACCAACAAUUUAUAUGCAAACCGAUCAACUGAUGUCACUGAAAGGAAUUUAAGAGAAAUUUUUCAUGAGAUACAUUAUAACUCUAAUUAUACUCACCAAAAAACUAGCGAUGUGAACUUAGGGUAUUGNUCCAUAAAACAUAAAGAAAAAUUUCACAACUUAUUCGAUGUGGUAUAUUUUAAUUCGAGUUAUAUCAAAAAUAUUGAACAAGAUUUAAUUGAAAAAAUAGCAAACAAUCAAUCUCUUUUAUACAUAGAAAAUUGCCUUUUUGUUUUAAAUUGCAGAGAAAAAGACUUGGAAGAAUAUAAAAAAAAUGUUUUAGAUAAAAUCGGAGAGUUAGAUAAAAAGGAAAUAGAAUUCAACCCAACAAUGAGUAAAUAUUUUAAGUUUAUUAUAAAAUAAUAACGUAAUG